UGUAGCUUUACAAUGAGGAGUUGAUUGAUCUAUUUGACAAUGAAAACAGGGUAAGAAUUCUAUUUAAUUUGUCACUACAGCGUGAUGAUUGAUUAACAUCUGGCAGUGUUUUUGAAAUGUAUAUAUUUUGAACUAGGGUGCUGGCAAACAUAUCAAAAUUCAUGAAGAUACAAACGGUGGUAUUUAUACUGUCGGUGUUACAAUGAAACACGUCACUUCGGCUAAAGAGGUAUACAAUCAUCUUUAAAUAAAUAUUUUGGCAAAAGUGGUUUUGAGACAGUGAUGGUCUGUUCAACCCAUUACGUAAUGACAAUGGGGCAUUAAACAGGAUAAAGUGAUAGUCCAAGUGGUUAGCGCACUUGCCUUUCACCUCUGAGGCUGCAGGUUCGAAUCUCACUAAGUACCUUCUCAGUGCGACACGAACCCAGUCCUCAUGCGAAAAGAGUAAAAAGUCAACGCUCUGCCGAAAGACGUGGGUUUUCCCCGGGUACUCCGGUUUCCUCCCACAGGGAAAGUUGACAGGGUGGGUUAGGUAAAGAGGGCCCACAGUAAUUGGCAUAUGCUGUUGUGGUGACCCUGCCCUAGUUGGCAAAGCUAAAUAAAUAAAAGACUAGGGGCAUUAAUUAUACUUGUGUAUUACUCCUUUUAGACGUUAAACAGUUUACAACAAGGCGCGCUGUCUAGGACAACGGCCAGUACAAACAUGAAUGCUCAAUCAUCAAGAUCUCACGCAAUUUUUACGCUCCACAUCACACAACAGCGAGUUGUCAAGGUAUGCAGCCCUGUUCUAGUUGUGGUUAGAGAAGAGGAAGCUUUAAGAAAACCCUCAUUCAAACUCUCGCUUACCAACUCUCAUCCUCUGUUGAGCAGGUCUUAACACUUAUCAUUUUACUCCUAGCUCAACGACGACGAGACGAUGUCCAAUGGCGUCCAAGGUCAAAACUUUGAGUACGAAAUGUUGACUGCCAAGUUCAAUUUUGUCGAUCUGGCUGGUUCCGAGCGAUUAAAGAGGACUGGAGCGACUGGUGAUCGGGCCAAGGAGGGGAUAUCUAUCAACUGUGGCUUGGUAAGCUAGCUUCAGAUUAUACAGGGUGUGCUUGGGCAAGGCUAAGCCAGUUUAUUCGUGGCCUUGGGUAGUUUUUAGCGAGCUUAAGAUGCGCCAAAUCUGCGACGUUGACGCGACUAAAAAACAGUCGCUAAUAAUGGGAGACAAGUUUCAAUUUGUUUUUCUCGUGUCCCUGGCUUUGUUUACCAACAACAAUCCAUGGUUUUUACCCGUGAAGUGAAACUAUGAUAAUAGCGGCAGUUUUUCGUCACGUCCGCGUCGUAGAUUUAGUAUAUCUUAAGCUCCCUAUUGUUGAAGGAGGAAAACCUAACCACAACUCUACUUACACGAGUUUUCAAAGACAGGGAAGUUAUAUACACAAUCUAAGUAAGUACCCUUCCCUCGACCUACAGCAGCAGGCAUAACUUGAGCGGUAAGAGGCAGCCUUGCAAACUCGCACGAAGAUUGAAGUUUUCAAGUUCGAUUUUUUUUUCCUUAGUUGGCAUUAGGCAACGUAAUCAGUGCUUUGGGCGACAAAGCAAAGCGUGGCUCCCAUGUCCCGUAUCGAGACUCUAAACUCACAAGAUUGCUACAGGAUUCUUUGGGAGGAAACAGGUCAGUAUUACAUUGCAUUCUUGUUUCAAGCUUGAAAAAAGAGCAGGUUCUGUACAGAUGAUUGAACUAUACAGGCGAAUGAUAUAGUUGACAGCAAGCUUGUUAUGUUUUAGUCGUACGUUGAUGAUCGCUUGUGUGAGCCCAUCAGAUCGAGAUUUUAUGGAAACAUUGAACACUCUCAAGUACGCGAACAGAGCAAGGAAUAUUAAGAACAAGGUCAGUCCACCCAUUUCAUUCACAUAUAUAAUUUGAAUGUUUUGUUACCUUUGUGUACGCUCACAUUAUCAGAACAGUGGUAACUAGGCAUGUGAGUUAUCAAUUGACUCGCAUAUGUAACUUAAAUGCUUGGUUACCUUUAUUCCAUUCUAUGCUUCAUUAUCAGAACAGUGGUAACUAGGCAUGUGAGUUAUCAAUUCACUCACAUAUAUAACUUAAAUGCUUGGUUACCUUUAUUCCAUUCUAUGCUUCAUCAGAACAGUGGUAACUAGGCAUGUGAGUUAUCAAUUGACUCACAUAUGUAACUUAAAUGCUUGGUUACCUUUGUUUCAUUCUAUGCUUCAUUAUCAGAACAGUGGUAACUAGGCAUGUGAGUUAUCAAUUGACUCACAUAUGUAACUUAAAUGCUUGGUUACCUUUGUUUCAUUCUAUGCUUCAUUAUCAGAACAGUGGUAACUAGGCAUGUGAGUUAUCAAUUCACUCACAUAUAUAACUUAAAUGCUUGGUUACCUUUAUUCCAUUCUAUGCUUCAUCAGAACAGUGGUAACUAGGCAUGUGAGUUAUCAAUUGACUCACAUAUGUAACUUAAAUGCUUGGUUACCUUUAUUCCAUUCUAUGCUUCAUUAUCAGAACAGUGGUAACUAGGCAUGUGAGUUAUCAAUUGACUCACAUAUAUAAUUUAAAUGCUUGGUUACCUUCGUGUCAUUCUAUGCUUCAUUAUCAGAACAGUGGUAACUAGGCAUGUGAGUUAUCAAUUGACUCACAUAUGUAACUUAAAUGCUUGGUUACUUUUGUAUCAUUCUAUGCUUCAUUAUCAGAACAGUGGUAACAAGUUCUGUAGACUAGGUUCUUUGAAAAUGAGAGUUCAUUUUCACUUCGUGGGAAAAAUCCCGCGUGGGAUACACGCAGCACACGUGGGUCUCGCGUGGGGUAUCCUCGUAACACAUCCGGCGUGGAACGUUCCGCGAGUAACACGCGUGAAUCUCGUGUCGCGCGUGAUAAGUUUAAACCCGCGAACAGGUUCACAAAAGAGCCAGCGCCUAGAUGUCACGGAAAGGCGUUCAAACGCGAGAGCCUGCUUAGAAGAGGGAUAAAUAAGGUGAAGAAGAGUCUUUUUGGGUUAAAAGUGGUAACAAGUUCUGUAGACUAGGUUCUUUGAAAAUGUGGAUCACACAGAACUUCUCGUUUCUGUAUCCAGGUUGUCGUAAAUCAAGACAAAGCGAGCAAACAAAUCGCAACUUUACGAUCAGAAAUCCAAACUCUCAUGAUGGAAUUGAACGAAUAUAAACAGGUAUGUAAAUACGGUAGCCGAAUGACUUUAGGGCUGCGCAGUGCGCGCUCCAUGUACACUUCUCAUUAACAUAUUUUCCAUCACAGGGUAAGCGUGUAGCUGGCGAAGGCGAGGCUCACAUGAGUGAUAUGUAUCAUGAGAAUACAAUGUUGCAAACUGAAAAUGACAAGUAAGCUCGGCUAUAUUUAUGUUCUUCGCGUGUUAAGCCCUGGGCAAACUAGGAAACAUUGUUGUGGAAACAUUUGUGAUUCUCGAUGUUUCCUCAAAUGUUUCCCUGUUUGCCCACCCGUGGAAACAUUGUUGCGGAAACAAAAUUUUGUUCCCGAGAAGCAAAAAUGUUUCCUUGCGAAUUCAGAAACAUUUGAUGUUUCCCAGUGUUUCUCACUAAUGUUUCCUAGUGUUUGCCCACUCUUGGAAACAUGACGAAACAUUGAUAGGAAACAAUGUUUCCGCAACAAUGUUUGGAACCUAGUUUGCCCAGGGCUUUAGCCGCGCAGACAAAAAGAAUAGAAAGGAACCGACCACCAUCUUUGUCUUCUCUUUGGAGCUCGCUUGUCAUGACGAGUAAAUUUCUCUUUCCUCAGGUUACGCAUGCGUAUCAAAGCUCUGAACCACACAGUGGAUGAGCAGAAGAAACGAAUCACGGAAUAUGUGGCGAAUAAAAGCAUCGCUCUGUUGAAUGGAGGUUGGUAGAAUUUGCCCGAUUUCUAAUGUAACUUAAUUUUUUUGUUAAAAUGAUCCCUGAUUUUAGAAGAACUGGCGUCGGAGAUAUAGUGGAAAAACACGGUUUGAUAGACUUUUUUAAGAUAUUUGCUGUGUUGGUGUAAUGUACUCAGGUGAAUAAGAUGCUUGUGUGAUGUUACUCUGAGUGUAUAUCCACACCGGGCAGGCUAGAAAAAUAUGCCUGGCCACUGUGUGGGAAUCGAACCUACGACCUUUGGCCAGGCAUAUUUUUCAAGCCUGCCCGGUGUGGAUAUACACUCAGAGUAACAUCGCACAAGCAGACUUUUUUAAGUUCUUUGUAAGUUUGCAUGGCAAUAAAACAUAUAAUAUUUUGUUUGUGGAAACACCACGUAAAUUUAAUACUGCAAUAAUACAUUUAUUAUUUGCAGUAAUAAAUUUACGUGGUGUUUCCACAAACAAAAUAUUAUAUUUUUAUAGACUUUUUUAAUUUAAAAAACUUGUCUUUUUUAGAACUGAAAGGUGGUGUAGAAGAACUGAUCGCAGGAUAUGUUGAAGAAAUCGAAGAACUAAGGUAGACUUUCUUCUUAAUCAAAGGGAGGCUUUAUAUCUUGUUUUUACCAGUCAGCCAGCGAAGAUUGCCAAAAAUAAGAAAGCUCUGGAUUGUGAUGUAUGAUUCGCUGUACGAGGAACUCGUGAGUUCUUUGAGAACAUCCCCUUUUUCAGGAGUGCAACUGGCCAACGCACAUUUUAGUACCGUGCUGUCUCCUUAUGGAACGAACUUCCAGAGAACAUUAAAUGUAGUUCACCAGUUAACAUUUUUAAACAUAAAUUACGUAGAUAUCUUUUAGGAAAUUAAACAUAGUAGCAUUUGGCCUUUAACAAUUUUUAAAUCCAUACCAGUAAUUAGUUAGAAUUUCAUGCUAGUAUAACUUCUAAAUUUUUGUAAAUGUUAAUUGGCUCCGAAAAGGAGAGUUCAAUAAAUUAUUGUAUUGUAUUGUAUUGUAUUGUAUUGUAUUGAUAGGGAUAUAACUACCAGAACAAAACUUGCAUCGUGUAGCUUAACAGUGUUGUAUUUAUUUCUCGUGUAGGAGCCGACUAUUGGAAAGCGAAGCGAUGUCGGCGGUUGUUGCACGUCGUUCAGUCGCGACAGCGUUACGUAUGGGUCGAGCAAGUAUCGAGGCACCCACGGAAUCCAUUCUAGAACUGGCUAAACAAGAUCUCAACACUAAGAUGCGGAAGGCUAAGGUGGGGUACAAGUACGGGUUUCGUCAGAAAUCGUCUAACUACUCUUAUAACUCGUCUGACUAUUCUUAUUCGUAUAAUCUUAAUCUCGAGAGUUCAUUUUCACUUCGUGGGAAAAAUCCCGCGUGGGAUACACGCAGCACACGUGGGUCUCGCGUGGGGUAUCCUCGUAACACAUCCGGCGUGGAACGUUCCUCGAGUAACACGCGUGAAUCUCGUGUCGCGCGUGAUAAGUUUAAACCCGCGAACAGGUUCACAAAAGAGCCAGCGCCUAGAUGUCACGGAAAGGCGUUCAAACGCGAGAGCCUGCUUAGAAGAGGGAUAAAUAAGGUGAAGAAGAGUCUUUUUGGGUUAAAAGUGGUUCCCAGGAGGCCCGCAGCUAAACAGAGUCCAGUAAAAAAAUGCCUGAAUGCCUAUGGCUUUGAUACUCGGACACAACCUGGGACAAAAUCAACUAAUAUGGCUACUGCAUCACGAGCUGACGGCGCCCGCAAUAGCACGUCAAAGAUUCCAGUUCCAGUCAGCAGUCUUUCACGACGGAAACAUCUACGAAGUUUCUUGAUGGAUAAUACUGGAUCUGCAAGUACAUCAAUGACAAGUCGUGGUCAUCGUGGUACAGUAAGGGGUAGGAGUUCGAGUGGCCACGAAGACAGACGAAAUUUAUCAAGGCAAGAAGUGCAAUCGGGAGAGUACUUUUAUCGUAGAUACCCAAAUCCCCGAGAGGUAUCUACUUCGUAUAGCAAUGAGGAAACUACGAAAUAUCCCAGUCGAAACAGCACUGGUAUGUUAGAGGCUCAUCCGAGGGGAACAGGGAAUUUGUUGACACGUGACUGUCACGAGGUCCUGACUGGGGAAGGCCGCGGUGAUUCCUGGGACGGUUUUGGCGGGCAACGUGUAAUAUUUCCAGAGUCGUCAAGUCGGAAGCAAGAAAAUGUUCGACCAAGUUUGAUUGGCUUAAAUCCGAAGACGUCACGUGAAGUGGUCGUGGUUGCUGCCGAUUCCCCAAUGAGCUCGCAUGGCUCAUGGGAAGGUUACGAAUGUGAGAACGAAGCGACUUCGGAGCAUGUUCGACCGGCGUCGGGAAGUGUCCGGCCGUUGUCGGACAAUUCUCGCCCUGUAUCGGAAAAUCGUCGGCCGUUGUCGGAAAAUCUUACGCGGACUUUGGGGAAUGUUCUGCCAAUAUCGGAAUCUGUUCGGCCGAUGUCGUUGGAACUCGACGAAAAAGUUAUGAGUCUUCCAGAAAGACGUUCUCGCCUUGAGAAAGAUUUAGACGCACUCAUGGCAAGUAUGGAGAAAGUGCUUGGGAGUCCUGUGUCUCCUGUCCGUGAUUUUAACCCGGGCACUUGGCCGAGGAAGAUGUCACGUGAGAAAUCGAAAGGUAUGUCGGUAAGGUUUGGUAGGCCUGUAUUCGAAGCGGUUAUUUAGAAGAUUUACUCGCUUGAAAAGAUGAGGAAAUCAACUUGAGUUUUUGACUGCAAGAGAACUUUUACAAGAGAGCAAAACAUUGAAACGAAAUAUUAUAAGAUAAAUAUUAUUUAAUAGACAAAUAGUUUAAGUCUUAUUUAUUUAUUUAUUUUAUUUAUUUAUUAUUAUAAUAUAGUAUUAAAUGCUACAUAAUGUGUGAAGAAGUAAAUAUGUUAAAAUAAAAGAAGACAUCUGUUACUCAUAAGUGUGUUACCUAAAUAUCUAAAUUCUUCACUUAUUUUCAAAGCAUUAUUGGGGCUUUAUUGGCGAUCACGUAUAAAUUACUGUCCUUCAAUGGGUGACGCUUGUUGCCAAUGCCAUGAACGAGGCUGCGCUGUCGUCAGGGCCUGGCUUCUGUUCUUAUUUCGGACACAGGAUAUUCACGUUAAAGUCGAUCAACGCCCUCCUGAAAGGCAUGGGCUUUCUCCAAGCACGUUGGGUUAGCAGACAUGGAAGCAAAUUCACGAUCUCGUUAUUAAAUAAAUUAUUUAAAUAAAAUAAAGAAAUUUAUAACAUUAGUUCGAUUCUCUUCGCCAGGGACGCUCGUUUUGAGAUGUAUCAAACACCCAAGCAGAAAUCGAGAAAAGCGAUGUCCUCUGCAUUUCAUGUAUGGAUGGAUUACAGCUCACCGUUUGCAGCCAACAAGAACGCAGAGAAAAAGACCGCUUUAUGCAUUUCCCAUUCCAGAUGGAUUUGUCCUUGACGUUGGCGUUAACAGUCGCCAUAAUACGAAAUGAUCAUGUCAUCGUUGAUAAUCUAAAUGCUCUUGGUGGUCGACUGUUACCUUACUAUCUCAUAAACUGAACUGGCUGGAUUGCAUCUUCGAUUCCAGCCAUAUGCAGUUCUGUGUGACGAUAAUUUACGCCAUUAAUAAAGGACAAACCUAUACUGAAACCACCUCACUGGAAAUAGCUCGUGAUAAAUAUAAUUCGUUACCCACCUUGCCAUAGGAAAUUCAAUACCAAUCUUUCUACUCGUCGAAGUUGGGGACAAAUAACUCUUUUUAAAAAUUGUCAGCAAUACUUUCUCCAUGUAGUAAUGUUUGCCUCUUCGACGAUUCUUUUCAGCGUCCAUAGAAAUCGCCAUUUACGUUCAAAAUAGAGAGUGUAGCAAUCACAUCAUAUUUCACUGUCUUACUUACUACCAAGAGAUAAACGACAGCAACUCUCGCGGUGGAAAAUGACGCGCAAAUGGCGAAAAUUGUACUUGUACUCAUCAAAUCUAAAACCCUCUAGGCUGUAUUGUCAAAGAACAACAGACAACGAGAAAAAUAAACUUUAUUCACAAAUUAUGAUCAUCUAUUUCUGCUCUGGCAACAUCUCGCUUCAGCACUGCCUGAUAUCUCAUCUUUCUUGAUCGACAAAUUGCAACGUUGCUCACCCGUUAUUUCUUUCCCUAGAAAAUCAUAAUUUUAUUGAUAAAUUAGAAUUUUACUAAUACAGUCACUGACCGAAUCAAUAUUUUUGUUCAGGAAUUAAAGAAUAUGGUUGUCGAGGACAAGAAACCAGAGGUACUUGAUCUUGGCAGCGACGGCGAGAAGGAAAGUGGGGACGAGAGUCAAUCAGAGGAAGACGAUGACGUAAGAAUAUAUAAUUAGAUACUAGAAUAAUUUAUGAAACACCCCUCUCCCUGGGAAUUUGUGGAUUUACCGGAGAAGCACAGCGUUUGAUUUUUUCUGAAAUAUAACACUAGAUUACUACGAAGAACAGUUUAGAACUGAUAGAGCUAUCCAGUAUAAAUAAAGUUAGUUUAGUUUAGGUUUCCUCCUGUAGUAAUACUGAAUUAAUAAGAGAUUAUUCUUACUGAACCUCUAGGAAGAACAGUUCAGAACUGAUAGAACUAUCCAGUAUAAAUAAAGUUAAUUUAGUUUAGGUUUCCUCCUGUAGUAACACUGGAAUAAUAAGAGAUGAUUCUUACUCACCUCUAGGAAGAACAGUUCAGAACUGAUAGAACUAUCCAGUAUAAAUAAAGUUAGUUUAGUUUAGGUUUCCUCCUGUAGUAACACUGGAUCAAUAAGAGAUGAUCCUUACUGGACCUCUAGGGCGAACAGCUUAGAACUGAGAGAGCUAUCCAAUAUAAAUAAAGUUAGUUUAGUAUAGGUUUCCCCCUGUAGUAACACUGGAUCAAUAAGAGAUGAUCCUUACUGAACCUCUAGGAAGAACAGUUUAGAACUGAUGUAACUAUCCAGUAUAAAUAAAGUUAGGUUCAAGGAUAGCUCUUACUCUUCUUCUAGAAAGAAAAUAUUAGAUUUAGAAAACAUUUAGUUUCUUUGUUUAUUUUAUUAAUUGCAACGAAUGUUCCUUCAGACUCAAAACGAGAUGCAACUGAAGGGCCUUACUCGAGAUCUGGACGAGCUCAAGAAAACCAAAGUGAAACUGAUGCGACAGAUGAAAGAAGAGAUUGCUAAGAACAAGAAACGCGAGGCGGAACGAGAAAGACAGAUCUCUCAGCUCAAGAAAGAAAGUAGAAAACGUGAAAUACAAAUCAAGAAUAUGGAGUCGGAGAAACGACAACGAGAGCUUGUGUUAAAACGAAAACAGGAAGAGGUAACAAUCAUUUGUAAUAAUUCAAAGAAGUUUUUACUAUUUUAUUUCUUGUUGAAAAAAGCUAAUAUACUAAGUGUUUCUACGGUGCCCAAGGCUCGAAAUAGCGGGCUGCCAAUGGCCAAAAGCAGGCCAGAUUUUAGAAAUGGCAGGCAAAAACAAAUUUGAACUGCCAAAGUAAAAAAACUGGCAGGUGAAAUUCUAUAGAUAUAUAGUUUCAUUUGCUUACCACAACUCAUAUAUACUAGAUCAUUCAGUUGACUAAAUACGUUUAUAUUUGAAAUGUAAAUCCAAGUUUACUGUAGUAAAAUAGACAAGUUUAAAAACAAUAAAAUUACAUAUCAUGAAAACAUUGAUUUUUACAAUAUGACUCAUAUGGGACAUCGCUAUUUUGGCAGUUCAAUGAAUAAAAAUGGCAGGCUAAAACUUAUUUCACCUGCCAAAAAAAUUUAGACUGGCAGGCCGUAUUUUUUCUCUAUUUCGAGCCCUGACUCCUGCCAUAUUCGAUACUUUUCUUAAUGUAUUUAGACUACGUUUACGCCUUAACAUAUAGUUUUCCUUAGCGACGUGAAGAAACACCUAUGUCAACACCUGCCAGAGGCUCCCUUAAAAAGCCUUCGACCAUUGAACUAUAAAUAAACUGGAAGGCUAACUCAGGGGGGGAAAUUGAAGCCAGUGCAUUUUAGUUUUUCUGAGUUAUGAGCAGAAAUACUCAACACUGAACGUUGGGCUAUAUAUCAAAUUGAAGCUAUUGAAAAACCCUAUUUGGUGUAGAAAUUUCAAGACUUUAGCUAAAAGGGAAAUAUUGAAAAACUACAAACAUAAUUACCGAUAAUUUGCCGUUUUGCAGUUGUUUUUGUAUUUUUUAAAUAUUUUUCUUUUCGCUGAAGUCUUGAAAUUUCCACACCGAAUAGCAAUUUUCAGUAGCUUCAAUUUGAUAUAUAGCCCGACGUUUGGGGUCAAGUAUUUCUGCUCAUAACUCAGAAAAACUAUUUUGGCUUCAUCAAAUCAUAGGCCUUCAUCAUAGCAGUUAGCCUUCCAGUUUAUUUAUAGUUCAAUGCCUUCGACUGGAUCAGGUUGAGCUGUGUCCUUCUUAAUUCAGCUUAGCUCUCAGCUGCAAGUAGAGAUGAUAGCGCACUUUCUCUAAAUUUAAGUUCAUUCUUCACGUGCCAUUUUUUCAGGUGAAGCAACUUCGUCAACAGCACAAACCAAUCUCAGGCAAACUUGGCAAACAACGAAAAUUGAAUCCCGCACCCCCCGGACCAGAACCUCCUCUCUCGUCAACUGCAACCAUGGUUGUCUCAGGGACGGGGGUCGAGGUUCAACCUGUGGAUAGGUCAGAACGUGUGAAUGGUCUCGCGAGAAACGCUCGUGGUUCGAGUAUUCCCACGACCUCACGAGUGACCGGUAAAGCAGCGCCUAGUCCUCGGAAAAGACUCUCGGCGUCUCAGGUUAAAAAGACUUGGGAAACAAUUGAAAAAAGGGUUUGUAUUUAUUCUGUUAAAAAAGUGAAGCCAAACUAUACUAACUUUAUUUAUACUGGAUAGCUCGAUCAGUUCUGAACUGUUCUUCCUAGAGGUCCAGUAAGGAUCAUCUCUUAUUGAUCCAGUGUUACUACAGGAGGAAACCUAAACUAAACUAACUUUAUAUAUACUGGAUAGCUUUAUCAGUUCUAAACUGUUCUCCCCAGAGGUCCAGUAAAAGUCGUCUCUUAUUGAUCCAGUGUUACCACAGGAUAUCUAGAUUUAAACCCAGUAUUAAUAAUUUGAUCUGAGAUUAUAUUUAAUCCUAGAUUGAACGUAUCGUGGCUCACGAUCAAACUGUGUCUACAAUGGAAUCUGAUAUGGAUCGCUGGAUCAAAGAUCGAGAUAUGCUGAGCAAGAAAAUUGAGAAAUGUAACAACAAGUUAGCUGAGACGACUGAUGUAAGUUCUUCUUAUAGGGCUUUUUCGUUCAAUCUACUUGACUGUUAUGCGUGGGAGGGAUAAUUGUCCUGUGAAUGGAUUCCUUAAAGAGUUUAGUCUAAAAUGCUUUAACAUUUUAUCUAGCGCCCUACAGAGAUUGUUGCAUACUUGUUUUAUUGCUGUGACAAUAGACAACUUGCAUGUUAGACUAAUUUUUGAUUUAGGCAAAAAAAAGUAAAUUCCCGUAAAGAACUUAUUAAAAUAAGUAAAAUUGCAAAAUUUGGUUACGAAAUGUUGUAAAAUACAGAAAAUAUAGCCUUGCGAAGUUUGUAUAUUUUCAGUAUGUUUGUAUUACGUGCGGAAAUUGUUACCAUUUUUGAGCCGAAAAUGGUAACAAUUUCCGCACGUAAUACAAAUAUACUGAAAAUGUGCAAACUUCGUAAGGCUAUAUUUUUUGUAUUAUACAACAUUUCGCAACCAAAUUUUGCAAUUUUACUAAUUUCAUUAUGUUCUUUUUAACUGUUGUGUUUGAUUCCCUUCUCUUUACUUAGAUUAAAAUUUAGUCCAACAUGCAAGUUGUCCAUUUCACAGUUCUUCAUGUCAUUCUGUCACUCGUUGUUUUGAUUUAUGUCAGCGUUCAUGCAGUGCGGCUAUUAGGGAGGUUUAGCAAAGACGACGUGAGAAUGGCGUGGCACAUCCAUAAAUGGGCACAUCAUGCCAUUUUCAUGUCGUCUUUGACGUCGGUGUCGUCUUUGCUAAAACCUUCCCUAUUAUAUUUUCCAGGAUGACAACGCUACACGAGAUCUCAAUGAACAACUGGAUGCACUCAAAGCACACCUGGAUUAUGUUCAAGACAAUAUCACUGAGGCGCAAACUGAGAUUGUAGAUCUUGAGGUGUGUAGAAAUAUAGUCGAGGUUUGUACUUAUUUAUUGGUUGGAGAGCUGCACCGCAAUCGCAGCUUCGAUUCCUGAGGACCUAUAGUUGUAUUUUUCGCAACUGCUCCUGGUACUGUUCGAAUAAAUGUAUAAAAGUCACACUCGUAAUUUCCAUCUACAAAACCACUCAUCUCUUAUUUCUUCAUCUCUUAUUUCUUCAUCUUUCAGGAAGGAGGGGAAACAACGGAAAUAACAGAAGUGAUAACGAAAUGUUCAACUCACGAAGCGAGACUGUUGAUGGAACAUUUCUUGAAUAAAACCAUUGAAUUGGUAGAAAACUAACUUUCUGAAUAGUUCUAUCAUAUCUAAUAGACUGUUCUAGAUGUACAGUAAGUUCCAGUGUUACUACAGGAGAAAACCAGAGUUUUGAAAGAAAACCUGUGAUGUUUGGUAGAGUCAAACUGGAAGCACUCUUCUCACAUGUGACUGAGGUGAAAUUAUAAUGAGACAACUGCAUAUUGCAGAAAUCAAACCUCAGAGAUGAAAGAGACAUGCACUGACCACUGUGUCACAAACGAUGGUUUCUUUUUCCUCAGAGCAAAGAAACCGUUUCAAAAGAUGCGACUGUAAAGGAACUGGAAACGAAACUCGAAGCGUUACGUCAGCAUAGUGAAUUACAGCAGGACCUAGUUAUGAAUCUACUUCAAUAUCCCAGCAAAGAUGAUCCGGCAAUCACCUCAAAAGACCCUAAAGAUCCCGAGGUAAUGGUGAAUGGAGGUCCCGAGAUGAAGAAUGGGAUGAUAGCAGAUGAUAUUGUACCAUUUAUGGUAAUUAUCAGUUCAUUUAUAUUACAAGUGUUGUCUAGUUAUCCCCCGUUUGAAGGCGAGACUGGGCGAACGCAUUGAAUAACUUUGUAAGUAAGUUUUGACGAUGUAUUCUACAAUCAUGAAAACGAGAUUGAUUUUAUAUAUAUUAAGUUGGCAUUAAGUUUCAGCCAUAAGGUUUUGACAAACUUUAAAGAACUGGAAUAUAUUGGCAGCCGAAUUCACAACCUUAGUAUUUCUCCAAUAAUGUUAUUUCUCAAAAAAUAUUACUAAUUUAACAUUUUAACUUUACUAUUCAACAGAGCAAGUCUGAAUUUAUGGCUUUCAUGAAAGAUGACAUUCUACCCAACACGUAAGUUGUCGUACUUUUUGUUUUAUUAUACGUAACUUAUUUUUCAACAAAUGAGACGACACUACGUUAGCAACUUUUUUGUAAUUUUGUAUUUCUUGUAGAAAUAAAAUCAACACCCAGGCUUCAGCGAAAGAAAAGGUGACAAUGUUUAUUUAUACCAAAUAUGUCUCUCGAAAUCUCAAUCCUUAAUCUGUCAUUUAUUUAUUUCUUCUUUCGCCAGGCGCGACGCCGUAGUUCAACUCAGAACGAACUACUCUAUCCAGUGAGGCAUGAGAAACGCGAAUCAACUCUAUCCUCCAUCCUUGAUGUACCUGAAGAACCCGCAUUACCCCUCAUUAACACGCAAGUAACUCCUAGUGAUCCUAUAAACACAACUGAUCUCAAACAAAAACUACUUCAACUUGAGCGCGCUAGGAAAGCUAUGGAUAAAAAUGAUAGUACCCUAAUGCCCCCUCCUGUAGUAAAGGUUCCCGUCUCGACCCCAAGUAUCCCUCCAGAUCGGCCCCAGUCUGUUGCGGGGUCAACGUCGAGUUCGUUCGUACGAGGAUCGUUCAAGUCGAAAUCCGCGCGAAAUUUUGCUCGUCCCAAGGCCCCACUCUCCAGCGUUAGUGUGACGUCAUCAACUGAGUCUCGGUCCCAGCCUACUUCUCCCACGCCGCAGCGGAAAUCGUUUGACGAGAAGGGAAAGCUGGGCAAUGGGCAGUAAGUACUUUGUUAUUAUUAAAAUUCAAUAACGCAGGGAUCUAUUUGAAACUUGGGACGGUCCAUGUCUAGUUUAUAUUAACGUUGGAAAGUGUAAGGAUGGUUUGGAACACAUUGAUCGUGUGUUGUAAUUUUGUGUUGUAGUUUUGUUAAAGUUUGUAACCCUGUCUGUAUUGUUUCACAAUGUCAAUGUAAUGUGUAGGUAGGAUUUAAUUUGGGACUCCUCAGUCCUGUUGUCUGAACCUUCAAUCGGGUUUUGUUGAUUGUAAAGUUUAUAAAUAAAUAAAUUAAAAUAAUUUAAAUUAAACCAUUAGAUGUAAAUUAACUAAAUUUAUAGUAAUGAUCUAACUGACAUUAAAUUACAUUUUAUUUAAUAUUAAAAGAUAUAAGAGAUCACCGUUAGCCAGACGAGGACCAAGGUGAGCUUGAAUUAAAAUUAAAUUAAUUAAAUCAUUGAUUUAAAUAGCUAAAUAAAAUAUCUAUUAUAAAACAUAAAAUAAGUAAAAUUAAUCAUAACUAAAAUUACUAAGUCAGCCAUAUAAUUACUAAAGUAUGCCAUAGCAUAAGCUGAUAUCGUCGUAAUUGAAAUACUAAAUGAUUUUUUAAACUGUUAAAAAACGUCGUUGAAGAUGAAAUAUUUUCGAUGCGUGUUCGAGGCUUUGCACUGACGUUUCUAACUUCUAAUUGUGUCUGCAGAAACGAUGCUGAAGAUGUGUUUUCAAGACUGACAAGUACCUUACCACAAGAUGCCAACCCAAACGCGUAUGUUUCACUUCUGUUUUUCACAUCUCAAACAUGAUGCUCCAUUUCCACAUUCCGGGUAUAUUCCAGUUUCCACCCACAGGGAAUGUUGACAGGGUGGGUUGGGAUUAACCCCCUAACUGACCCUUCCACCGUAGCUGUACUCCGUAAUCAGACAUGAGUCAUAAGGUGGCUGCAGCCGGAGGCGCUCUUAGAAAGCCUUCGACUCAAUCAGGUUGAGCUGCGUCCUUCGUAAUUCAGCCUAGCUCUCAGCUGCAAGCAAGGUUGAUUAGCACAUAAGUACACCUUCACUGACUGACUUAAUUAAUGUUCACUAAUUAAUUAAUUAAUUUUUAGAGGUCGUAUGUUACCGGUGAAGCCACCGAUGGGGAAGCCUGGUGCUCUAGUGUGUGUCUACGCCUCUACUGGGCAUAACAGCGCUGUAUUGUCUCUGUGUGUGAGUCAAAGUACCAUGUUUUCUGGAUCGAAAGGUUAGUCAUUGUGUAUUCAGAAAUUGGUGUUUUUUUAUUGUGCGAUUCCGUAAUGUAUCGUUGGUGCAAAUCCUACCAUGAUCAAGCAGUUUCUAAUGGUGAAUACUGGUUUGGAGUGAACAUUACUGGAAGUACGUACCGUGCAAUAGCUGGGUUUCACUAAUGAAAAGUCAAUCAACGGUAACCUUAUUAACGAACAUCCCAAUAGUCAUUAUUAUCAAAAAGCAAACGCUUUUACUAAACCUCCCUCGACGUUCGGAUACAUUUAAUCACUAAUCGAUGUAGUUGAAUUUUCUUGAAGUGUGAAUAUUUCUGAAAUUGAACACCAUCUGCUGCCCUGGAACGCUGACUCAAACCCACCAAUGUAUAAUAUUCCUGAACACAAACUCAUCUUAGUUCUUUACCCUGAUAUUUAGAUCGUACAGUGAAGAUUUGGGAUCUGAACACGGGCGAGGAAACGAUGUCUUUAGGACAACACAAACGCGAUGUAACAUCGCUCAAAUAUUGCGCUGAAACCAAACGAUUGUUCAGCGUAUCACAGAAUAUUAUCAAGGUGAGACUUCACAUGAGAGUAUUAUACGACUAAACUAACGUAAUAAUAAUAAUGAUUUAUUGAUCAUUGAUGCCAUAUUCACAGUUAUUGUGGCUCUUCAUUGCAUGAAAGGUUCCUUUUAUCAGCGGUAUUUGAAGUCGAGGAGCAGAACUUGAUCGCAAACAUUCUCUUUGUGUUGCGAAGUCUAAUUUGUAUGCAGGCCACUGCUCAAAAUAUAUUGCCUUAAAAGUCAAUUUCAAUAUUUGAUAGUCACGGCGUUGUUCGACAGGUAUCCCAACCUUAUUAUAUCACAACCUUAUUAUAUAACUUUAUACUGGAUAGUUGUAUCAGUUCUAAAAGUGAAAUUAUUCUCAGACAACUGAAAAUUGAAUGAACCCAGGCACGGAGGUAAAAGUCACAUGCACUGUGAUAUGCACCAACAUCACAAAGGAGAUAGGGUAAAGGGUAAAUUUUGUUUCUUGCAGAUUUGGGACAUUCGCUCACCUCCAGCAAAAUGUAUAAAGAGCAUUACAUCUGGUGGGGUGACUAGUGACUCUAGUAUCAACGAUCUUACUGUCAAUCAUUCAGGCACCCAUGUCUUCGCUGCCAAUGGUAAUACUGUUAAAAUAUGGGACCUAAAUAAGUAAGUAUUCAUUGGUUUCAUCAAACAUUACAGGGCAAUGAUGGUCAACGUUAGAAAUGCUGACACUUUUAGGAGCAGACACUACCACCUGUCAAUUUUAUUUAUUUGCCACCAAAUACAAGACUACUACAUAUAAUGAAAAGAAUGAACAUUUCUUUCUCACUCUGAUAACUGCAGGUUGACCAUCAUCGGCUGCACAUUAGUGCUUAGUGAAAUACAUUUUUCAAACACAUUUUUCAUCUUGUGUUAUCAAAUGAUAGGAAAGCUAGGCGGACAUGCUGGUCAUGUCAUGGCACUUCUUUUACUGGGUAUAGAAGAAAUGAAGAACCUUAUGAGUUAUCCUUAUACAUCUCAAGAUUACUACAUAUAAUGAGCAGAAUGAACAUUAUUUUUCUACUCUGAUAACUGUAGGUUGACCACCAUCGGCUGCACAUUAGUGCUUAGUGAAAUACAUUUUUCAAACACAUUUUUCAUCUUGUAGUUAUCAAAUGAUAGGAAAGCUAGGCGGACAUGCUGGUCAUGUCAUGGCACUUCUUUUACUGGGUAUAGAAGAACCUUAUUUGAUGUUGACUGGUUCCAGAGAUCAUUACAUUAAGGUAGGAUGGUGAUGGUGAUGAGGAUGGUGGUGAUGGUGGUGGCGAUGAUAUCACUCAUACAGGCUUUCUUGCCAUCCUACUUUUCCUACUUUUUCCUACUUUUCUUCAACUUUCCUACUUUUCCUAUUUUUUAUUAAAAAUUACUUGAUUUUCCUACUUUUUCCUACUUUUUCUUAUAAAAUUCUACUUUUUUAAGACCGCUCGAGGAAUGGGUAUGUUACAGCUCUCGUAAUUAGAUCUAUAGGACUCGUAAUUUUUAUUCUCUAUUUGUGUCCCAGAUGACAAGAUUUCAGUACAUUUUCCGAGUAUAAAAUUCCAUAGCAUCUCUAGAAUCAUAAUCAAUAAAUUAAUGAAGAUCUAGAGAUUCCAUUCAUAGAUGAAUGAGUACAAAAAAUCUAGUGAGCACCAAAAAUUCACACAACUUCCCCAUCAGAUAUCUAAUAGUCCACCCCUUACCCCGUAUAUCCUAGGUGUCCCAUUUUGUAUAUUUUUGUGUUAUUUGCAUCUCAAAAACUCCUACUUUUCUACACAUUUUCCUACUUUAUUCCUACUUUUCUUAAAAUUCUAGUCCUACUUUUCUCCUACUUUUCUACCAAGGAUGCCAGAAAGCCUGCUCAUAUCAGUCUAAUCAAUAUUUUCUUUUUAAGAUGUUUGAACUAAGUGGGACACUAUCAGGAAUACAGGUAUUAAAGUUUCCAGCUUAUUAAGUACUAGCCUCUCUAAUAAAUAUUAACAGUUAAUUCAAAGAGUAAUAUGAAUUUGUAGAUCUGCAAUCCUGUGAUCGUACAUAAAAUUGAAUUAACCUCCUAAAUAAACAUUAAAUAAUAUAAUAAAAUAAAAUGAAAUAACUAAUUCUGUUCAGAAAAUGGGCAGUCCUCGACCUAAAAGUCCUUUUAAAAAGCUGACGAGAAAAUCGGUAGUCGUAAAGGUAUUAAAACUAAAAUAAACUAAUAUAAAAUUAACUAUUCUUACUAACAUAUUAAACACAGUAGUAACUUUUUCUUAGAAUUGUCAAAUAACAUUUUUACACAUGUUCCAAAGAAUUUAACAUAAUAAUUGUGCAGCACCAAGUUAUUGCAGAAGCAACAACGCCCUCACCUUUUUGUCAAUAAGAAAUAUUUCAUUUAGACUCCCAUCCAAACAUUCGAACCUCCUCACUACGAUGGUGUCCAGUCCCUCGCAUUGCAAGGCAAUAAUUUAUUCAGUGGGUCACGUGACAACAGUAUAAAGAAGUGGAACCUCUCGACACAACAGGUUCAACAGGUUUGUAAACAAGACUAACAAGUUUUCUUUCAACUCUAUCAAUUCUAAACUGUUCUCCUUAGAGGUCCAGUAAGGAUCAUCUUUUAUUGAUCCAGUGUUACUACACGAGUAACAUCCCAACGUUAAAUUCAAGCAGACAUUAUCCAGUUGUAUUGAAAGCUCAGUGGUGUAUAUGUUUUGUAGAACCUGAUAUCCGCGCACAAGGACUGGGUCUGUUCAUUGGAUUUCCUCUGCUCCCACAAUGUUCUGCUCAGCGGUUGUCGCGGUGGAGUCUUGAAACUCUGGGAACCAGAGACAUGUCAAGAAAUUGGUGAGCAUGCUUAGAAUUACCAAAGAUUUGAAUAAAACUUUGAUAUUUGCCAUAUCAAUCCCAUGUAACCAUCCUACGAGUAUUUUUUUUUUUCUCCAAAGGUGAAAUCAAAGCACAUCGACAUCCCAUCAACGCCAUUGCCACAAAUUCAUCUUUCGUAUUCACCGCUUCAAGGUAAAAUCAUUACUAAAUUAGGAUUUAAAGGUCCAGUAAGGAACAAAUCUAAACUAAACUAACUUUAUAUAUUUAUACUGGAUAGCUCUAUCAGUUCUAAACUGUUCUUUCUAGAGGUCCAGUAAGGAUCAUCUCUUAUUGAUCCAGUGUUACUACAGUAGCAAACUUAAACUGACUUUAUUUAUACUGGAUAGCUCUAUCAGUUCUGAACUGUUCUUUCUAGAGGUCCAUUAAGAAUCAUCUGUUAUUGAUCCAGUGUUACUACAGUAGUAAACUUAAACUAACUUUAUUUAUACUGGAUAGCUCUAUCAGUUCUAAACUGUUCUUUCUAGAGGUCAAGUCAAGUAAUGGCCAUUUCUGAUCCAGUGUUACUACAGCAGUCAAGUAGUCAUGGACUUAGGAAAAAUUAGAGCCAGACUAAACCAUAUUGUAGGAAUGAAACGCCAGUCACAAAUUUUUGUCUUUUCUAGCGAUCGUCUCAUACGUGUAUGGAAAGCGACAGAAAUUCUGGACGAACAGUUGAGUCAAAUGAACCACAAUCGAAGAUAACACCAUUAUAAUACCAAGUAUUUCAAAUCAAUAUUUAUAUCGUACAUAUAUAGUUUUCUAGAGAAGAGUUUAUAUUCACAUUUUUCGUAUCGCGCCAUUUAUCCGCAGCUUGUAUCAUAUAGAUGUAUGUGUGUAAAUUCAAUUCGUGAAUGCAGAAAAGACAAAAUGACUUGAUUAAUUAAUCAGAUAAAUUCAUAUUUGUAUUAUUUAUAUUUGUUUGUAUAUAAAAAGGGGAAAAGAUUAUUUUGAUAAAA